GCGCGCUGGGCAUUUGCGUUCUGGGGAUCCGCGGUUUCCGACUUUUGAAAAUAUGUUGUUACCGUCGCGGCUGUGGCUGCUGGGACUGCUGGCUUGCAGUUUGGUCAGUGCAGAAUAUUACAACACGAGAACCGCCGACAAGGACUAUCUGUUGAAGCAGAAGAAGGUCUACAAUCUCCUUUAUCACGUCUCCCAACCAGCUGAAAUCAACUAUACGUGGUACGAGGAGGGUCAAAAAUGGGACAUCGAGGCGAACAUCGAUUUGUACGAUGCGGCCGCAGUGAAGGAGUUUCUGUACAUGUACAAAAACAGGAUGCUACCGCGAGGAGAAACGUUCUCAAUUUUCUAUCCUCCUCUCCUUAAAGAAAUGAUGGCUCUGUUCAGACUGUUCUACUACGCGAACGACUUCGAAACAUUCUACAAAACAGCUCUCUGGGCGAGGAACAACAUGAACGAGGCCGAAUAUGUGUUGGCCCUCUAUAACGCUGUGAUCAGAAGACCGGAUACCCAGUACAUUCAGCUGCCACCCCCGUACGAACUGUAUCCGCAUUAUUUCUUUAAUUUGGAAGUAAUGGAGAAAGCCCAACACGCGUCACUGUUUGGCCUUCGUGAAACAAGCGGAGAAUAUAAGGCGUACAUACUCCCGGCAAACUAUUCUGGCUGGUACCUGAACCGCGACUACUACCUUGAAAACAAAUUGAAUUACUUCACCGAAGACAUCGGCCUGAAUAGUUACUACUUCUUCUUCCGACUGGCGUACCCAUUCUGGAUGCCCUCUUCCGAAUUUGGUUUGAGUGAUUCGCUCCGCGGAGCUGAAUAUUUGUACGGGCACCAACAACUGAUGAACAGAUACUAUCUGGAGAGACUCGCGAACGACUUGCCAAAACUGGAGGAUUUCGACUGGCAGAAAUCAUUCUAUGCCGGUUACUAUCCCACCAUAAUUCAUAAAAAUGGAAUGCCGUUCCCUCAGAGGCCGGAGUGGAGCAACUUCCCUGUCUACAAAUACAAAUACGUCAAAGAUAUCAUAGACAGAGAAUCGAGACUGACGGCUGCGAUUGAUGCUGGUUAUGUAUUUGGUAACGGUAGCAAGUGGUAUAACGUUUACAACGAGGAAGGCUUGAACAUUCUUGGAAACAUAAUUGAAGGGAACGCUGAUUCCUACAACCGUAAAUUUUACGGUAGUAUUGAUAGCCUUGGUAGAAAAAUCCUGGGUUAUAAUCUGGAACCAUCAGGCAAGUACAGAAUCUUUCCCAGUGUGUUAGAAAUUUUCCUUACUUCUAUGAGAGAUCCAGCCUUCUACCGUCUGUAUAAGAGAAUAAUGGAUCUUUACUACAGGUACAAAAUGCGUCAGGCACCAUACUCCAGAGAUGAACUCAUCUACCCCAAUCUGAAGAUCGAGUCUUUCUCCAUUGAUAAGCUCAUUACAUACUUUGACCAAUUUGACAUAACAAUAAACAAUGGCCUAUUUAUAAAUGAAAACGACAAAAUGUCACUAGUUAAAGUCAGACAGUAUCGUCUGAAUCACAAACCAUUCAAUUUCCACAUUACCAUCAAUUCUGAUAAACCAAUGAAGGCAGCUAUCAGAAUAUUCCUUGGACCGAAAUACGACUCACACCACAGACUGUACGAACUACCAGAAAAUCUUAAAUAUUUCUACGAAAUUGACAACUGGAUCCUCGACUUGAAUGCUGGCCUGAAUAAAAUUUCACGCAACAGUCAGGACUGUUUCUUCACGAUACCAGAUCAGGAACCAAGUGAAAUAUUCUACAGCAAGCUCAUGGAGUCUCUCUAUGGUGACAAACCAUUCAAUUACAAUGAAAGACUCUUCGGAUUCCCAGAAAGACUGUUAUUACCAAGGGGUAAGAAGGAAGGGAUGCCAUUACAAUUGUUCUUGUAUAUCAGCCCAGUUUCCUCGGAAUACCAAUACAUGUCCAGAAUAUGGGGUAACUACAAAUUCGACAACAGACCAUUUGGUUUCCCAUUAGAUAAACCCCUCGAUGGUCUCAACUACAAUGGGCCUAAUAUGUUAUUCAAAGAUAUUCUCAUUUACCACAAAGACGAAUUUGACAUGAAUAUCAUUUAUUAAUUGCUCUCUUGUUACACUUGUAUCUCCUGCAUUUAUUUUUAUAAUAUUCAUAAUUUUGUAAUAAAUAUCUCUUCCUUUAUCUU